AUGGCGGAAGAGAAUCCUUUUGCUGAGAAUCAAAUUGUUGUUGAGAGCUCACAUCCUCUCUACUUGAGUCCUUCGGAUAAUCCUGGAACAGAUUUGGUGUUCACGUUAUUUGACGGAACUGGGUAUGGACAAUCUGAUGUUGCUCAAUUGUUUGGCCUACAAAAGAAAUUAUUAGAAACUAUACAAGGAUGUAAUGAUAUAGCAACCUAUUUCAAUAAUAUAAAAGCAAUCUGGGAUGAGUUGAAUGCAUUGGAUGCAAAAAUUGCAUGUACUUGUGUUGAAUGCAUAUGUGAAGCAAAACCUAAGAAUAAGGCAAUUGAGGAGAGACAGAAAUUAGUUCAAUUUCUUAUGGGACUGAAUGAAACAUACACUGCUUGUAGAGGAAAUAUAAUGAUUAUGACUCCUACACCAAAUAUUGAUAAGAAAUUUGGACAGUAUUCAGGACAGAGUAGGAUGAAUUUUAACCUAAAUACUGGGGGAGGAAACAGAAACAAUGCAGCAAAGGGAAGUGACAGGAGAAAUAUGAUUUGUUCUUAUUGUCAAAGAUCUGGACAUACAAUCGAAAGGUGCUUCAAAAUACAUGGUUAUCCAAACAGUUUUAAGACAAAUAUGCAAGGGAAUAUGCAGGGGAAUAGAACAAGAAACUUUCAAAACCCAAAUAUGAUACAAGGAAAUGCAGUAUCUAUAGAAGAAGAAUUUGGCAAUGUUCAACAGUAUAAUCAGGGAAUUCAACAACACAACUCAUCAAGCAUCAUGGGAAUAAAUCAGGAACAAUAUUCUCAGCUUAUGGAAAUCCUACAACAAGUCAAAAUUGGCCAACAAGCUGCUUCAAAUUCUGAGGUUAAUGUGACUGCUAACUGUGCUGCGUCCUUUGCUACCGUUACCUCCUUCAUCUUUGUACUUCUUCUUCGCAUAAUCAGAAAACUAGCCAACGCUCCCUCUAACCAUGUGAUGUUGGUUGCGGAUGCACCUCACCAUGAGGAAGGGGUGGCCAUGGUGGAAGAUGAAAACUUUCCCACCGUGGACGAGAAAAUCCCACGCCCGAAAAAGCUAGAUCAGACUUCAAAAGCUUGCCUGAGGAUGAACCUGAACCUGUCAUCUCUAUGA